CAAUCGACUGACACUUGCACUACUUCCGGCGAAAAUGAAACGGAUGUGACUAUUUUCGAGUGAAGCUUUUAUAAGUUUGGGUCUUUAAAGGAGAAAUGUCCAGCGGGAUUAUCUCCAAUGGAACUACAUAUGAUAUGAAUCCAUGGUUAGGAAUGCAGGGUAACCGUUGGACUGAUGAUUUAGUGAAGUGUGAGCAGACCAGUUUAGGAACAGCCACCAAUGCAUUCUAUCCAGGAGAUCGUCACCCCAUAGAACAACAUGAAUUUGAAGACAGAAGUUUCUACUUCUGCUCAGACGAUGGCUGUUCAUUAUAUGGAGUUUUUGAUGGUCAUGAUGGAAGUAAGUUGUCAAAUUUUGUGGCUCAACGAAUUCCUGCUGAUUUGCUUCUGGGACAGUUGUCAGGCCCUAAAACAGAUGAAGAAAUUAAAUCUAUAUUACAACAGGCCUUUGUUGCUGUUGAAAGAGGAUAUUUUGAAACUGUCAACGACCCUCUUUCCGAAAAAGCUGCUUUACAGUUACAAAUAAGGGAGAACAUGCAUUAUAAACCAUCUCAAGACAUUCAAAAGAAACUCCAAGAAGUUGAAGCCAAAAUUUCUGGUGGUACUACUGCUACUGUUGCACUUAUUCACCAUAACAAGCUAUUUGUUAUUAAUGUUGGAAAUACCCGCGCCUUAUUUUGUAAGUCAGAAAAUGGAACACUUCACGUCAACCAGUUAUCUGUUGACCACACUGUCUCCAAUGAUGAAGAGCUUAGACGUCUUCUGCAUUUGGGUUUAGAUGUUGAAAAAUUGAAAAUUGUUCGCAAAUUAGGGAAGUCUGAAAACACUCGUUGUAUUGGUGAUUAUAGCGUAAAAGCUGGCUACAAAGAUAUUGAGAAUCUCAGAUCUGCAACAUCUGAACCUGUAAUUGCAGAACCUUACCUGUGUGAUAGUUUUACAAUUGAUAGCUCACCUGCUUUCCUAUUAAUUAUGUCACAUGGCCUAUACAAAGCCGUAGAGGACAUCCCUACAAUUACUGAGCCACCCAACUGCUAUAUUGCUUCACUAGUAGCACAAGAAUUUUCACAUCAAACCUCAUUGAAGUGUGUUGCUCAAGCAGUAGUAAAUCGAGUUGUAAGUUAUCACCAAGAUGCUCACAACAAACCAGAGUGGCACCUCCAUGUACAUUCGCGGGAAGAUAUUUCACUCCUUGUUCGCAGCUUCAGCUAUCCCCUUGGAGGCAGCAAUAGCAGCCCAACAGGACCUCGUAUAUCAAUUCAACAUCACUUCUAUCCACAUCAUGCAACCAGUCCUGUCAUUCAACGUGUGUACUCUCAGAUAUCAAGUGGUAGCUCUAUUUCAGACUCUACAUCACCACUCCCUGUUCAGUUGGUCGGUCCAAGCCCGACUCAGCUAUCACACAUUAUGCCCUUUGGGGUGAAUAACUUAAUAAGCAGUGUUGGCCCCACUAGUAGCACCUCUUCCAUUAUUGCGAUCCAUCACGUGCCUCAUAUGUCUCCCAUUAAUACAAACGAAAGUGAUAGUAGUCGGUCGUCGACACAAACCACCAUGAAUAGCCCUUCCUCAACACAACAAACAAUAAAUUCUCAGACAAGUACUGCAACUGGUACUAAUACAAAUUCAACGCAGAGCAGUGGUGACUCAAUCCACAUCCAUACUCAUUCCACUCCAAGACUGCAUUUGGACAAUGAUGGCAAGGUAGAAUCUUAUGUGGACUUUACAGAGUUCAACCAAAAACUUUUAACAAUGUCUGACAAAGAUAAACAGGAGCUUUACUUGUCUUCUUAACUAUGAUUGAAAUCUUACUGUGAUCUUAAAGUUAAAAGAAUCAGAACUAACCCGUUCUCUUUUUUUUCACUUCUAAUUCUAUUUUUUCUCUAGUUUUGCACAUAAGCUCAGUAUUUAAUAGCAAAUGGAAUUAUGUAAUUGUGAAUACACAUCAAUUGCUGGUCGAUUAACUUGCUAUUGGUAUUUUACUACAUUUCUCCUAACUUUCAGUGCACUUCUCCAGUGGGCAGGGUGUAGAAAUAAAAACUAGUGUCUUUAAUUACAGAAAUCAAGCUAAGCCAGAAAGGUAAAAUAAAAUUAUUCUUUCUCUUUCCUUCUUUAAACUUGCUUUGUUUUCAAACCUCCACUUUGUACAGUCCAAAUUGCUGAAUCAGGGUUAUUUUUGUUGAUGUAAUUAUUAGUCAAUAAGAAAUGAACUGGAGUAACAGAAAAUUAAUUGAAAACAAAAAAGAUUUAAAAAAAAACAAAAGAAAUAUGUUGCAUCCAUCAACGAAAAAAA